AUGGCGUCUAACCUGCCAUCCCGGAUUCCAGUCCUUCAGAAUCGAGAUGUCCAAAUUGGUGCUGGAGUGGCUGCGGUUGGAGCUGACCUACCACCACGUGGAUUUGACACCAGCUCGUUCUCACGUAAACCAAUUCAUCGCUGUCAAUCGGCUCAAAUGAUGGCUCGUCUGGCUUUUUUCCAGGCCAAGUUGAAUUCUGAUCAGAAUGAUGAGUGGAUGGCGAUUUCUGAAUUGAAUCCAACUCCACCUCCAACUCCUCAACCUCCGAUUCUAACUUCAACCGAGCCUCCGGUUCCUUCUCUCAUUGCUCAAGCGUUGGUUUCACCUGAUGUCCCGAAUCCCGCGGAACGACCAGCUUCAGUUUUCAGUUUUUCUGAGGUUCCAUUGUCUUGCUGGGCAUCUGCUGAAAGUCUCGCAACAGUUUUGAAUCCACCAAUUAGUUCAGUUUCGGUUUCAACUCAAACUCCAACUGGCUUUCCACUACUUGCUGGGCUUCCACGAGCGGUUUCUUCUCCGACUAAAGCAACUCCCAUUUUGAUCCAAGCUCCAGCUUCACCACGUCGGACUACAACAUUUGCUGAGCCACUCGAGAGUUUGCCACGCACUCCAGUGGGAGCUAUUCCAUCCAAUGAGCUCACCAUCGUUCAAACUAUUACUUAUCCAACUGAAUCGCCUCCAGAGGUUAUGGUUAUCGACUCUGCGCCAGUUCUAAUUUCUUUUGGCCCAGCUACACCAAAAGCUAUGCCAACUAUCGUCAACAUCAAUGUCGCCAAAAGAGGACGUAUUUCUAUGUCCUUGGGAUCCGGAGGUUCCACAUUUUCAUUCUUGAAAAGACGCACCAAGAAGGGCCAGUACCUCGUCAGCAAGCGUAUUUCCAAGAAAUCCCGUUGUGAUUGCUGCUACGGUUGCAGAUACUGUGGCGAGAAUUCUCAUUGGAGAGUGGUCAAGCCAAAAUGGUAUUCGUGCUGGAAAUCCCCGAAUGAUGAGGAAUUCAACAGAAUUGAAUUGAUGCGAUUCGCCGAAACUCAAGUUUAA